GGAGUACUACAGUAAUUGAAACUGCAAAACCUUACCCCUCCCUCCCUCCCUCCCUCCCUCCCAGUCCAUACAUAUCUACACUCUAUAAAUACAUCUCUCUCUCUCUCUCUUCUCAUAAAAUUCACAACCGUUGAGCUUUCCUUCUUCAAUCUUCAAUCAAGUACUACUAAUAAGUUGCGAUCGAAAAAUGGAAAAUCCUGGAAAGAAGGUUUUGCUCACUUCCAGUGGGGAUGAGAUUUCUCUCAACAUUGCCCGCCAUCUAGCAAAUCGUGGUUGCAGGUUGGUUCUGAUGGGGAACGAGAGCAGUAUAAGGAGAGCCGCUGAGAAGAUUAUGGACUCCACGAACGGUGUCGUCGUUGGGGUGGAAGUGGUUGGAUUGGACAUGGAAGAGGACAAAGAGGCUGUCUAUGAUGAAGCGGUCGAUAAGGCGUGCAAGAUUCUCGGGAAUCUCGACGCUCUUGUCCAUUGCUAUGCUUACGAAGGAAAGAUGCAGGAUCCUCUGCAGCUUGCUGAAGAUGAGUUCAAAAAGAUAGUUAAAAUAAAUUUCAUGGCUGCAUGGUAUUUAUUGAAGGCUGUUGGCAGAAGAAUGCGUGAUCACAAAUCCGGGGGAUCCAUUGUAUUUUUGAACUCACUAAUUGGCGCUGAGAGAGGGUUGUAUCAAGGAGCUGCUGCAUAUGGUUCAUGUUUGGCAGGAGUACAACAAUUAGUUAGACUAUCUUCUCUGGAUAUGGGGAAACACCAAAUCAGGGUUAAUGCCAUUGCUCGUGGCUUGCACCUAAAUGAUGAGUAUCCAUUGUCAGUGGGGAAGGAAAGGGCAGAAAAAUUGGUAAAGGAAGCAGCUCCACUCAACAGGUGGCUUGACGUAAGAAAUGACCUGGCUUCGACUGUUAUCUAUCUAGUAAGUGACGGUUCACGUUACAUGACUGGAACCACAAUAUUUGUUGAUGGAGCUCAGUCAAUUGUAAGGCCUCGGAUGCGAGCUUACAUGUAAUUAUAGGUGGUUUACUCAUUUCUGAAUAUCGAAAUAGGAGUCGAAUCUUAUGAAACCCAGGAGUUGAGAUAAGUCUUGCUGAGAUCACCAUAAAACAAUUAGUUUGUUCAUUUGUUCAGAUUCACAAUAAAGCUGAAUUCACUUUUUA